GUGCGCGCUGACGUUAGACGCAGAGGGGAUGUUUGGAGAGAAGAGCGGGAGCUGAGAAGUGGAUCGACUGCUUGUCCGGAAGUCUUCGCGUGGACUGCCAGGGGGCCUGUGCUUAGUCGGCAAGCGUCCGGCCCUUCCUGCCCGUCCCCCGGAGAGCCUCGCACCUGCCACAGCCCAGGUUCCCGAUUUCAGAGAAGAUGACGGAGGAACUGGACCUCUUGGGACAGGACUCUGAUGGGGACAGUGAGGAGGUGGUCCUGACUCCUGCAGAGCUCAUUGACAGGCUGGAGCAGGCCUGGAUGAAUGAAAAGUUUGCACCUGAGCUGCUGGAAAACAAGUCUGAAAUCGUAGAGUGUGUCAUGGAACAGCUGGAUCACAUGGAGGAAAAUCUCAGGAGAGCCAAGAAGGGGGACCUGAAGGUCAGCAUCCAUCAGAUGGAGAUGGAGAGGAUCCGCUUUGUCCUGAGCAGCUACCUGCGGUGUCGGCUCAUGAAGAUAGAGAAGUUCUUUCCUCAUGUCCUUGAAAAGGAGAAAACACGCCCUGAGGGGGAGCCUUCCAGCCUUUCUCCAGAAGAGUUUGCCUUUGCCCAAGAGUACAUGGUGAACACAGAGAACUACCUGAAGAAUGUCGCCUUAAAGCACAUGCCUCCUAAUUUACAGAAGGUGGACCUCCUGAGGGCAGUUCCCAAACCAGACCUGGAUUCAUACGUGUUUCUGAGAGUGAAGGAGCGACAGGAAAACAUCCUGGUGGAACCAGAGACAGACGAGCAGAGGGACUACGUCAUCGACCUGGAGGAAGGCUCCCAGCACUUGAUCCGAUACAAAACCAUCGCUCCCCUGGUUGCCUCUGGAGCCGUACAGCUAAUUUAAAACCAGAAGUUACUGGAGUUCCCGUUGUGGCUCAGCGGGUUAAGAACCCAACAUAGUGUCCGUGAGGAUGCCAGUUCAAUCCCUGGCCUUGAUCAGUGGGUUAAAGAUCUGGCAUUGCCAUGAGCUGUGCUGUAGGUUGCAGCUGCAGCUCAGAUCCUGCGUUGCUGUGGCGUAGGCCAGCAGCUACAGCUCAAGAUUUGACGCCUAGCCUGGGAACUUUCACAUUCUGCAGGUGCGGCCCUAAGAAACCCCACAAGUACCAAAAAGUAAACAAAGGUCAAAACAGAAGUAACUGACCAAGAACAAGGGCACAGAACAUUACGGAAUAUAUUUGGGACAUCCCCACCACCACCCCAGUCACCUGCCCACCUGACCCCAAGCACAGUGGGUCACUGGGACAGUGAGGAGAGGACCUCAAGGCAGAUCCCUCACUUAUCGCAUAUCCUAACUCUGCCCUUUUGGCGGAAGCAGCAGGUGGGCUGUCCCUCUGGGGGGUGGGGUCCAGGGAGACCCCCUGUGAUAUUUGAACUGAGGAAGGUGGGGCCCCCUGCCUGUGCUGAGGGGACCAAUUGGCCCUGAGCCCACAGAGGUGGGAGAGCUCACUUAACCCUCCUGGUAGAAGGACUGUAAAUAGAUUAAGCCCUCGUGCCGCCUUCUGUGGCGUGUCCCUGGAUCAUGGAAACUCACCUUUUGGAACCUCUAACAUUGGGCUUAAAGCCAGCUUCUGUCACGCUUCCCUGAACAUCCCAAUAAGCUAUUAUUAGGUCCCAGCUCCGUGGCAGAAGGAGCCUGCGGGCGGUGCCCAGCGUGCAGUUGAAUGAAGCUCGUCCACCACCCCCAGGCCCGCCCGCAGGCCAUCUGCCGGCCUUGCCGAGGCCCCGAGAGCCAGGUGGCAUCGGCUCUUUUGAGGCUUUUCACUUUCUCAAGGCAAACAGACGAGGUUAAACUAAGUGAGUGGGUGACCCCUGAGGGAGGAGCGUACAGACAGUGCGUGAGUCAUCUUCCUCUGAAAUGUGUUGAUUACAUGCCAGUCUUUUCUCGCUCCAUGGGAAGGCAGCAGGUUUUUAUUUCUGAUGCAGGUGUGUAGCAGCAUCAGCGUGAUGUUGCUGUCAUUGCCAAGAGAGAUCUCCAGUGAAAGCAAGGCAGGUUGUAUUCGUUAAUAAAAGCAUUUUCGUUCUCA